AUGACGAGAGCCGAUCUCACUGCCUGCGAAGUACGAGCUCGUGGCAUCUCGAUACCCACCGCAUUACAAAUCGAUAGCACUUGGACGUUUGCCGGCGGCCAGUGCCUCGCCUUGCCUUGCCUCGCUACACACACGCCCAGCACCGGCGCCACGGCCACCGCCCCUUACAGCCCGGCAGAUCGAGCACUCGAUGAGCGAAGAGGCUCAACGCAGACAAAGGGCGAGAUUCACCUUACUGCCGGCAUGAGCAGCGGCGGCAUCACAGUCGAGUCCCAAGCCACGGCACACACGCAUUAA